GAGGACACGCUGGAGAAGACCACGAUGCUGCCUACAAGUGCUGGCCACCGGUGGAGGAGCAGGUUCCUCAUGAGGUGGCAAGAGGCUUGUCUGCUUGGCUGCUGGCUCUCACUAUGUGCUGCUGAGUCCUUCUUUGCUUGUCCUUCCUCCUGCAAGUGUAACAGUGGCAACCUGGAAGUGGACUGUAGUGGCCUGGGCCUCUCUUCCAUUCCCUCGGACAUCCCCACAAACACCAGGACCUUCCUCUUUCUUAACAACAAACUCAGCAUCCUGCCAGGAGCAGUGUUUUCCAACCUCUCUGCUCUACAGAGGCUGGAUCUAUCCAACAACUUCUUGGACCAGCUCCCUCAGAACAUCUUCAGCGACCUGGGGAACCUCACAGAGCUCCAGCUGAGGAACAACAGCAUCCGGGCCUUGGACAAGGACCUGCUACAGCACACGGCCCUGCUGCGCCAGCUGGACCUCUCCAUCAACGGCUUGGCCCAGAUUCCUUCGGGCAUCUUUGACGACCUGCCUGCCCUCCGCUCCCUCUCCCUCAGGUCCAAUCGCCUGCAGAGCCUGGACAGGGUGACCUUCGAGCCUCUGACCAGCCUGCAGCAACUCCAGGUUGGGGAUAACCCCUGGGAAUGCGACUGCAACCUCCGAGAUUUCAAGCACUGGAUGGAGUGGUUCUCCUACCGAGGUGGGAAAAUCGACCAGCUGGCCUGCACCUUGCCCAAGGAGCUGAAAGGAAAGGACAUGCGAAUGGUGCCCAUGGAGAUGUUCAACUACUGCUCCCAGCUGGAUGACGAGAACAGCUCGACAGUGCUGGAAAAUACUGGCCCACCUUGCACUAAAGGAAGCCCUGCUCCUUCCAAAUCUAAAUCAGGCCCAGAAACAGAAGUGGAGCCCAGUGUGGGAUGCCCUCAGAAACAGCGGUACAGGCCUGUGAGCGUGCGCCGGGCUAUUGGCACUGUGAUCAUUGCAGGGGUGGUCUGUGGCAUCGUUUGCAUCAUGAUGGUGGUGGCAGCUGCCUAUGGCUGCAUCUACGCCUCCCUCAUGGCCAAGUACCACCGGGAGCUGAAGAAGAGGCAGCCACUCAUGGGUGACACAGAAGGAGAACACGAAGAACAAAAACAAAUCUCUUCUGUGGCGUGAAACUGUUCUAGGAAGGAAGGGACAGCGAUGAAAAAAGGUACCUGAGAGCAGUCAAGCAUGGGGUCCUCCCAAAAUACAUCUUCCCAGACAGACUGUGCUAUUGCUCCACUCACCCAAGUAGUACAACAUGCUUCUGGGGGUCAGGGCACCUGGCUCAAUUUCUUUUCCUCUGCUCCAGGCCCAUUUUUGUGCCCUGUUACCCUUGGGCCCUCCCAGACAAAUAAAGUAGAGUCAGACCUUGAGUGCUUGCUGUACCUCAUGCCCUUGCACAGAGCUUCCCUCACAUGCCUGCUGCAAAGGCAGCUGGCACCUUCUGGGAACCUGUGUCAUCCUCUCAGCUUUGGUCCUGAGUCGUCCUGUAUCCUGUCAAGAGUUCUCUGCAAACAGAGAGCAGCUGUAUGAAACCUUAUGUGGGGAGCAGGACACCAGAAGUGUCCAUGCCUCACCGUUGGGUCACUGCUGUCGUGUGACACUAAGUUGCUGCCUACCCUACAAAUCAGUGCUGCCAAGAUUACAUCAGAAGGGAGGCAAGGUUCCUAUGGUAGGGCAAC